CUCCGUUUGGCCUCUGAGAUAACCUCCCUCUGACGAUCUUCAGAAUAUCCCUGACCUCUGCCCCUUCAUCAUAGGAACUCUAAAAAAGUAAUGUUUAUUUGUUGUGUGUUGUCAGGUCGUUCCAACGAAUUGCGGCCGGGAAUGAGUUCAGUCUACUCAUUGAAAGGCAGAUGACAAGUACACUUCUAACACUGGAGAAUAGUUUGUCAAAAAACUGAGCUAACUGCAAUCAGGAUUAAUAAUGUCAGCUGUCAUUGCCAACAACGGUACUUCACCUCCCGAUGUCCAGACAGACUCAUCCUCCAAGAUGGAUUCUGAUGACAAAGGGAGAUGCUCAUCAAGUUCAUGUCCAGCCACCAGCCAGGAGCAAGUUGACCAACAUGGCGACUUUUCUGGAAUUUAUGCCAUCAGUGGCUUGAUGACAUCCACCUUGUCCGCGUACGUCAACGGCCAGGUCACGACUAUUGAGCGACAUUUCGGCUUCAGCAGUGAACAGACAGGCAUAAUCAUGGCGGCCAAUGACAUCGGAUUCUUGGUCAUCGUUCUUUUUGUCAGCCACAUCGCCACAAGAGUGCACAUCCCUCGGUUCAUGGGAUUCGCGACUGUCCUUUUCGGAAUUUCUGGGAUUCUCUGUGCCCUGCCUCAGUUUCUCUUCGGAGCCCCUAGUCCAUCAGACGACAUCGUGAUGGGGAACGUCAGCAAAGCGGCGUCAGCUGGCGCCUCCCAAACAUUCCAGGGGCAAAUGUGUGACACAUUCAACACCACCAAACUGUCUGCUUGUCUUCAACCCUCCACCUCCACAAAUAGGGUAGAUACCUCCAGUAUCAGCAACCGUGCCCGGGCCAAUGCCAUGUCUGCACUGGUGAUCAUCGUACUCGGUAUGGUGCUGCAGGGCGUGGCCAAGGCCCCUCGCCACCCACUCAUCACCACCUUCGUCGACAACAACAUCGACAAAACCAAGACUGGCUUCUACAUGGGUAUCAUCCUCACAUUUGGUGUCAUGGGACCAGCCGCAGCCUUUGCACUGGGCGGUGUCUUCACCAGGAUGUACGUUACUCUAGAAGAAACGAACAUUGGCCCGAGGCACCCGAAAUGGAUAGGAGCAUGGUGGCUCGGGUACAUCACGUUUGGAGGAGCAGCCUGCCUCUUUUCUCUCCCGCUUUUCUGCUUCCCUCGCUCUUUCAAGAGAGACAACCCUCAGGAGAAGAGAAAGACAGACACAACGAACCAUUUCUAUGAGUUUGCAGUCAAAUAUAUGAAAGGUUUCCUGGCGGCGAUGCAUCGUCUGGUGAAGAACCCAGUGUACAUGACUCAAGUGAUAUCGUCCUGCUUCUUCACCUUCGCUGUUGCCGGUACGCAGCGUUUCGCACCCAAGUACAUCGAAAACCAGUUCUCCUAUCCUGCCUGGAGGGCCAACAUGUCCAUGGCCGUCGUGAUGCUGAGCUCGGCGUGUGUGGGGACAUUCAUAGGCGGCUUCCUGUCCAGGCGCUUCAAGAUGGGGCCGCUAGCAAGCCUGAAGUUCGCAUCUGUCUUCCAGAUGGCAUCGUGCGCUGGUACCGGCCUUCAGAUGGCAUUCACCUGCCAACAGCCCUCUCUGUACAACAGCCCUGGACCUCUUGCAACAAUCGACGAAUCGCAGGCUGGCUGCUUCGAUGGCUGCACGUGCGAUGACAUGGACUACUUUCCUGUCUGCGGAGCGGACGGUCGGACCUACUUCUCGCCGUGCCACGCGGGAUGUCUCGAGCACUUGGGAGGGACCUACCAGAACUGCACGUGUAUAGGAGGGGGCACAGCCACUGCCGGGGUGUGUGACUACAGUUGCCCCAUGUUCUACCCGUUUAUGAUCGGCCUGGCGUGUCAAGCUUUGUUCGGAACAUUUGCUAUCGUACCCACACUAAUCGUCACCAUACGGUGUGUGGAGGACAAAGAUAAAGGUCUGGCUCUGGGCUUUCUUUCCUUUAUGACUUCUGUUACAGGCUGGAUGCUAGGUCCUGUUCUGUACGGCAAGGUGGUGGACGACAUCUGCAUCCAGUGGGACAACACCUGCGAGGGGAGAGGCUACUGCCGUCUCUAUGACAACAGCGUCUUUCGCUGGAAGCUGAUCGGUUCGCAGUUCUGUUUUCGCUUCAUUGGAUGUAUCAUCGUCUUCAUCAGCCUUGCUUUCGCUGUUGUUCGUAAAACAUUCGAAGACAAACCAAAAGCUGGGAAGGUAGAAGACUUAGAGCUUGACCACGCAGCUGCUCAAGAUAUGCCACGAGAAACAAACAACGAUGUAACAAAAAAAUUAUCAUGGGGUCAUGUGUAAAAUAAUUCAGAACCGACAUGAAUCCAAUAAUAUUACAGAAAAUUACGAUAUUAGUGUUGUGUGUUACAAACUGGUACAAAGUAGAUCUGCUUGUAUGGGAAAAAAUUGCUAAGACCGUUUUUCAUUACUAAGACUAAUCGUGAUACUUACUAAUCUC